UCUUUAAAAUGUACUACCCUGCUGCUUGACAGACGCAGAGGUCACACGCGUGCUUUUGAACACGGGCUUCAACUGGGAUGAAAAGUCCAAACACAUCACAUCCUCGCUGCAAUGUUUAGAAGCCUUGCUAGACUCCACCAUCAGUUUGGAAAUGCCUUGUCGCUGUGUAAAAGACGUACAAAUCAUCAUCACUUCAGCUGUUCGUUAAAAUACUCAUCAGUCGCAACAGAGAGAAAACGAUUUUAUCAGGAUGUCACGAUAUCCCAAGGUGAAGGAGGUUUAUUUGAGAUAAACCUAGACCGAAGGAAGCUGAAAACUCCUGGAGGAAAGCUGUUGACAGUGCCAAAUGAAGCUCUAGCGAUCGCCGUGGCAACUGAGUGGGAUACUCAAAGGGAUUCGCUGAAGUUUUAUGCCAUGCACCUGACAACCCUUUGCAACACUGCACUGGACAAUCCUACACAGCGCAACGAGGACCAAAUGAUCAGCGCUGCGUUAAAGUUUCUGGAGACAGACACUGUUUGUUACAGAGUCGAAGAGCCCUAUGGUUUGGUUGAUCUACAGAAAAACGAGUGGGACCCUGUAUUGCAAUGGAUUGAGAACAGAUAUGACGUCACUAUUGGCUCCUCGUCCAGUAUUAUGGGCCCUGACAUCCCUCAGGCAACCAAAGACACAUUCUACCAACAUCUCAAAUCGUACAACUUCUGGUCUCUCACAGGGCUUGAGUAUGUGAUCACCCAGCUGAAGUCUGUUGUGCUAUCACUCGGAAUGAUUGACAGAUAUCUGAGUGUGGAGCAGGCUGUGCUCCUCUCCAGGCUGGAGGAAGAAUACCAGAUUCGAUGCUGGGGAAAUGUGGAGUGGGCUCACGACUAUGACAUGUAUGAGCUUAGAGCCCGCACGGCUGCCGGUGCUCUGUUUGUACACCUCUCGUCUGAGGGUUCGACUGUCAAACGCAAACUUUUGCAGGACUGAGGAAGAAACUUGCAUGCUCAAAGAAAUGCAAACUUCCAGCCUAACUGACAGAACUCUACGUUGUAUGAGUCAGAAAUACAAUUUUUCAUGUUCAUUCUGUUCGGCAAUAACAGCUGUCAGCCGUUGUGGUCAUCUCCACCCUUGAAAACACAUUGCCAGUCUUUUUCUUGUGGGGGAAGGGGGUCUGUGAUAGAUGCCAAGUAUGACACCACCCACUCAGUCUCCAGUUGGUUCUCAGUCACCUGUGACAUUUUUGGACACUGUGCAUUAAGUGAAUGGAGACUUAAUGCUCUUUCUUUUUGUUUGAGCGUUAAAUCUCUGUCAGAGUUUUCAUUGACUGACACUUUGAAUCCAUCCAUUUCCUCUACUGUUAAUCCUCAUGAGGGUUAUGUGAGAGAGUCCAUCCCAGCUCCCUUUGGGCAAGACUCAGGGUCCACCCUGAGCUGGUUGCCAGCGAACUGUCUGCUACAUAGAAAUAUGUUAAAUGUGUGGAGAAUGCGCUCUGUGGUAACGGGACAAAGAUUUUGUUGAAAUACUGUGAUAUCCACGUUCUCAUCAUCUUUUGUGGUAGAAAUUAAAUACUGUACUGUAAAUUGUACAUUGUUUCUGACCAAUAAAUUCACAGGAGCUACCACAA